CCGCCAUUGCUAUCUCUCGCUCACUUUCUCCCUUUCUCCUCUCCCGACUUCUGAUUCCCUGUGACGAUCGUAUCCUAUCACGGCAAAUUCGAUCGUCGGUCUGUUUUCGUAGUGGCUUUGUUCAUCUAGUGUCAGAAUGACAUUACUUGUAUAGCUUGCUCUUCAGUCGGAACCAAAAUUUAGAAACAUGGGUGGGAUUUGUUCAAGGAAGAGAGACCAAGAUGUUCUUGGGGGUGGUAGUGCCAGCAGAGUUUCAGGGAGGUAUGGUAAAAGUGGGAGUUCGAAAUGGCUUCGCAACUCAUUUGGUCAUGUUGCCGUUGCUGACUGCCAACCAGGAGGAAAUUGUCCCUCUUUGAUGGAACUAUGCAUACAACAGAUAUGCAAGGACAUUGAAAGAUAUAAGUCCUUUUCUGUUCUUCCAAGGGAUAUAAGCCAGCAAAUAUUUAAUGAGUUGGUGUUGACUCAUAGUCUCAAUGACGAUUCUCUUGUAGCAUUUCUCGAUUGCGCUCUGCAGGAUGUUCAUUUAGGUGACUGUCCAGGGGUGAAGGAUAGUUGGAUGGAUGUAAUAUCUUCACAAGGAUCAUCUCUACUUUCCUUGGACCUUUCCUAUUCGGAAGUCACAGAUGCUGCAUUGGUUGGUCUGAAAGAUUGUUCAAACCUUCAGGAAAUGACUCUAAAUUAUUGUGAAAGUAUUACUGAGCAUGGCCUGGAACACAUAAGUGGCCUUAACAGCUUAACUUCUUUGAGUUUCAAAAGGAGUAAUGCUAUUACUGCUGAAGGGAUGCAAGCCUUCUCCAACUUGGUUAAUUUAGAGAAGUUGGACCUGGAGAGAUGCUCCCAGAUUCAUGGUGGACUUGUUCAUCUAAAAGGAUUAACAAAACUGGAGUCUCUUAAUGUUAGGUGCUGUAAAUGCAUUACAGAUCUGGACAUGAAAGCUCUCACUGGUCUCGCUAAUCUGAAGGAACUGCAAAUAUCCAAUUGUAACAUAACGGAUUUUGGAGUUUCCUUAUUAAGAGGUUUGGAGAAGAUUAUCAUGCUGAACUUGGAAGGUUGUAAUGUGACAACUGAAUGUUUGGAUUCACUUGCAGCUCUUGUAAACCUUGCAUACUUAAAUUUAAGCAGAUGUGGGCUAUCAGAUGAGGGAUGUGAGAAGUUUUCUGAGCUGAAGAAGCUGAAGGUUUUGAGUUUGGCAUUCAACAACAUUACAGAUGCCGUUUUGGUCCAUCUAAAAGGCUUAAAGAACUUAGAGAGCUUAAACCUGGAUUCUUGUAAGAUUGGUAACGAGGGGCUGGCUAACUUGUCUGGACUUCCCCUCAAAAGCAUGGAGUUGUCUGAUACUGAAGUUGGCAGCAGUGGUCUUCGUCAUCUUUCAGGUUUGAAUCAACUGGAGAGCUUAAAUCUGUCUUUCACCUUGGUCACCGACGGUGGUCUAAGGAGAUUAUCUGGGUUGACUUCUCUUAGAUCACUCAACCUGGAUGCUCGCCAGAUUACAGACACUGGUCUUGCCGCUCUUACAGGUAAAGCAUUUAUUCUACUGGCUUUAAUGUGCUUUAUGAUACACCACUGCUCCAUUAUGCCUUUAUGGUGCAGGUUUGACCGGUCUGACCCAUCUGGACCUAUUUGGAGCUCGAAUUUCAGAUGCUGGAACAAAUUAUUUGCGACGUAUUUCUCAUUCAUGCUUGUAGACUUCAAGAAUCUUCAAUCCCUGGAAAUAUGUGGUGGUGGCAUAACAGAUGCUGGGGUAAAGAACAUCAAAGAACUUUCUCACCUAACCGUGCUGAACUUGUCACAGAACAGCAACCUGACAGACAAAACCUUAGAGUUGAUCUCUGGGUUGGAGGGUUUAGUGUCGCUGAAUAUUUCAAAUUCUCUGAUAACCAACAAGGGUCUGCAGCAUUUGAAGCCAUUGAAGAAUUUACACUCCCUAACCUUGGAGUCCUGUAAGGUGACUGCCUCCGAGAUAAGGAAGCUGCAGGUAACUGCACUCCCCAAUCUGGUAAGCUUUCGACCGGAGUGAAGAAGCGGGAUGUGUACCCUCAUAGCGAAAGGGGAAGGAACUACUUGUAAAUAUAGCUUGGUGAUGCUCUCAGCUGAUGGUGUUAUCCCACGUACAGUCUCUUAAUAAGUAUACCUACCGCCUCAUCUGGCCGAAGGGAAGUUUGAAGGCUAGCAAUAGGAAGCAAGCCAUGCAGAAAGAAAGCCGUCAAAGUAUGUAAAUAUAUUGGCUUUUCUCUGCUUGCUCGAACCAUCAAAUGAAAGUUGUGCAUACAUAGCAGUUUUAUCAAGUGGCAUGAAAAUGUUUGCCCUAGUUUCUGUGAUUAUCAGAACAUGGUCGGAGCAGAAUGGAACAAUAUAACAUCAACCUGCAGAAAGCACAGCUCGAGAACCUUCAUUCCUAUGACAUUCAGU